GACGUUAAUCGCAGGCGGAGGGUUGCAUGACUGCAGAAUACUUGUCCUUAACCUGACAUGAAGCAGCACUGCGCUCAGCUCAGAUUGUAAUUACAGUCUAACAGGAACAGUAUUACAACAUGUCUCUGGCGGCGGAGGCUUUCGUCUCGCAAAUGGCAGCUGCUGAGCCUUGGCCUGAGAAUGCAACCUUGUACCAACCUUUAAAGGAUGAUCAGAUCCUGCUCUCAGACCACGCCUCGUCUCUCGCUGUUCAGGCCUACCUCCGAAUGUGUGGUCUGCCAGUGCAGGUGGUUUGCAGAGCAAACGCUGAAUACAUGUCACCGUCUGGUAAAAUCCCCUUCAUCCACGUGGGAAACCAGGUGGUGUCAGAACUGGGGCCGAUAGUCCAGUUCACCAAAGCGAAGGGUCACACUCUGAGCGACUCCCUGGAUGAUGUUCAGAGAGCUGAGAUGAAAGCGUACAUGGAGCUCGUGUAUAACAUGCUUCUUACUGCUGAGCUGUACGUCCAGUGGUGCGAUGAUGCCACAGCAGCUGAGAUUUCUAGGCCCAGAUACAGCAACCCGUACUCAUGGCCUCUUGGGAAAAUCCUGGCCUAUCAGAAGCAGUGGGAGGUGCGCAGGAAGAUGAACGCCAUCGGCUGGGGAGGAAAAUCGCUUGAGCAGGUUUAUGAAGACGUGAGUCAGUGCUGCCAGGCUCUGUCUCAGCGGCUGGGAACUCAGCCAUACUUCUUUAACAAACAGGCCACGGAACUGGACGCGCUGGUGUUCGGUCACCUCUUCACCAUACUUACCACCAGGCUGACGAGCACCGAGCUGGCAGAGAGGAUCAAGAGCUACAGCAACCUGCUGUCCUUCUGCAGGCGUAUCGAGCAGACCUACUUUGAAGAUAAAGGCUCAUAAAGGACUGAAAAAUGCUGCUCUCUGUCAUCUCAUCGACUACAUUCUGUGUUUCCUUCUCUCAUUCCCCACAUUGUAGUAGUGACAAAGUAUAAACUGCCAUGCACACCAGCUGUGCUGUUCGGUUCUCCUUUCACCUCCAUGCUUGUAAAUGUUGCAGUUUUUCACUCACCCACACAUUUUGAACAGCAGGGCAGGUUUUACAGCUGUGCAAUGUGACCGGUUUUAGAGGGAAGAACUCCACUUGACCCCACCUUGAGAGGUGAAACGGUACCAGUUUAUUUUUCUGUCGGGGAGUUAGGGCAAGCCACUGAAAUGUGGAGCUGCUGAUGUACAAAUUCAUAGGAACAUUUUGAUGGAGAUUUACAUUCUUGAUUUUUUUCCACAUUGUUUUGCUUGUGUUAUUGUGAAGUGCCUAUAUUAGACAUUCAGCUCAAUAGUUUUAUUUUCCCCAAUAAAAAGCGUUGUCUGAA